GCACUUAAGUCCAGCAUGAGGGAGAAAAUCACCAGUUUGCUCACAGCCAUGAGCCAGCCGACCACAGCCAGCACGGAGCUGCCUGGGCUGCCAGGGGACACGGCAGCAGCCUUUGCAGUGGCAGACAUCGUCGUGGUGGCUCUGUACUUCGCCUUUAUCCUUGCUGUCGGGAUAUGGUCAUCGAUACGAGUGAGCCGGGGGACUGUUGGAGGAUAUUUUCUGGCUGGACGAUCCAUGUCUUGGUGGCCUAUUGGAGCAUCCCUGAUGUCGACCGAUGUGGGCAGCGGUUCGUUCAUCGGCCUGGCGGGCACGGCAGCAGCUGGGGGCCUCGCUGUUGGGGGCUUCGAGUGGAAUGCCAUCUGGCCACUGCUGGCUCUCGGCUGGAUCUUCGUGCCAGUUUACAUCACAGCAGGAGUUGUCACCAUGCCUGAGUACCUGAAGAAGAGGUUUGGAGGGCAGAGGCUGCAAAUCUACAUGUCUGUGCUGUCCCUGAUUCUCUAUAUAUCCACCAGGAUAUCCACAGACAUUUUUGCUGGAGCAUUGUUCAUCCAAACUGCUUUGGGCUGGAACCUCUACUUGUCCACUGUGAUCCUGCUAGCAGUGACUGCUGUCUACACCAUAGCUGGGGGUUUGACUGCUGUGAUUUACACAGAUGUGCUGCAGACCCUGAUCAUGGUGCUGGGAGCUUUGGUCCUCAUGUUCAUAGGGUUUGAAAAAGUUGGCUGGUAUGAAGGACUUAAGGAGAAAUACAGCACAGCAAUACCAAAGAUCACGGUCCCAAACACAAACUGUCACCUCCCACGUGCAGAUGCCUUUCAUUUGUUCAGGGAUCCCAUCACAGGAGACAUUCCCUGGCCUGGCCUUAUAUUUGGUCUCACUGUGGUGGCUCUUUGGUGCUGGUGCACUGACCAGGUGAUGGUCCAGAGGUCUCUCUCUGCCAAGAACCUCUCCCAUGCCAAAGGUGGAUCUGUGCUGGCAGGAUAUCUGAAACUCUUCCCUGUGUUUUUCCUUGUCAUGCCAGGAAUGAUCAGCAGAGCUCUUUUCCCAGAUGAAGUGGCCUGCGUGGACCCAGACAUCUGCAAAAGGAUCUGUGGAGCUGCUGUGGGUUGUUCCAACAUUGCCUACCCCAAACUGGUCAUUGAACUCAUGCCUGAUGGGCUCCGGGGUUUGAUGAUUGCAGUGAUGAUGGCAGCCCUGAUGAGUUCCCUCACCUCCGUUUUCAACAGCAGCAGCACCCUCUUCGUUGUGGACAUCUGGCAGCGGCUCCGCAGGCAGGCCUCCGAGCAGGAGCUGAUGAUUGUGGGCAGAAUCUUCACCCUCAUCCUUGUGGUCAUCAGCAUUCUCUGGAUCCCAAUCAUUCAGUCAGCCAACAGUGGGAAGCUCUUUGACUACAUUCAGUCCAUAACCAGUUAUCUGUGCCCACCAAUCACAGCCCUCUUCAUCUUGGCAAUCUUCUGCAAGAGGAUUAAUGAGCCUGGUGCUUUCUGGGGCCUCGUGGCUGGGCUUGCCGUUGGUCUGGUUCGGAUGAUCAUGGAGUUCAUUUAUAGCGCCCCGUCCUGCGGGGAGGAGGACAGGAGACCAGCUGUGCUAAAGGAUGUGCACUACCUCUACUUUGCCCUCAUCCUCUGUGUCCUCAGUGCCAUUGUCAUCGUCCUCAUCAGCCUCUGCACCCCACCGAUCCCUGAAGAAAAGCUGGAUGGCCUCAUGUGGUGGACCAGGCACAAAAAGGCACCUGCCAUAAACCUGGAAAACGGUGAAGAACAGACUGACCCAGAACAGAGUGAGAAGGACCUGGUGGAAACUGCAGCUUCAGAUGAUAAGGAGGAGGCAGCAGCCAAACAUCCCUGGUGGAAAACGUUGUACAUGUGGUUCUGUUGUCUGCCCACCGGCCCCACGCCCACCCUGUCCCAGGAGGAGAGCGCUGCCCUGGAGCACAGACUCACCAGCAUCGAGGAGAAGCCCCAGUGGAGGAUUGUGUGUGAUAUUAGUGCCAUUCUCCUGAUGGCCACCAACGUCUUCCUGUGGGCAUAUUUUGGCUGAGCUGGGGUCGGGAAUGGCGUGGCUUUGGUUGCUCUCACCUUCCUGUCUAAGCUGGGAGCAUCAGGUGACAGAGCAGCACAGCCUUUCCCUGGAGGCACCGCUUGCUGGGAAUGACUGUGGGGCUCAGUUUCUCCAUGAGGGGUGACCAAAUCUCAGCAUUGGUCACAUCUGGGACACAAGGGAUGUGUGGGAUAGCACGUGGGACAAGUCAGGAGGUUUGGGGUCAAGUUUAAGGGUGCA